GAGAGAGAGACAGAGAGACAGAGAGAGAGAGAGAGGUGAUUGGUGGAGAGUAGAGGUGGUCAGCCUAUAAAUAAGCAUGAAAAGAGGAGACCCAGAGUAUCACCGGAGCGUGCUGUGUUCAUUUCGCCGCCUGUAGUCGUCUAUUCUCGGGAGGACCAGCUGUCAGCUCCGGUGCACACACACAUACACACAGACCAGUCCAGCAUGUCUCUGUCGGGUCGUCCCAACACGGUCCGGUUGGUGUUCCUCGGUGCAGCCGGUGUCGGUAAGAGCGCGCUCAUCCUCCGGUUCCUCCACGACAGCUUCGAGCACAAGUACACGCGCACAGUGGAGGAGCUCCACGUGCUGGAGUACGACAACCCCACCGGGGGGGGCUCCGGUAAGAUGCGUCUGGAGAUCCUGGAUACCAGCGGCAGCUACUCCUUCCCGGCCAUGCGGGAGCUCAGCAUCCGCCACAGCGACGCCUUCGCCCUGGUGUACGCGGUGGACGACCCGGGCUCUCUGGAGGAGGUGCGGAGGCUCCGGGACGAGAUCCUGCAGCUGCGGAGCGGCAGCAGCAAGAGCGCGCCCAUCACCGUGGUGGGCAGCAAGGCGGACCUGAAGGACACCGAGGGUCGCGUCUUGCAGGCGGCUGACGUCAUGGCCACGGUGGAGGACGACUGGGGAGCAAACUUCGUGGAGGCGUCCGCGCGCACAGGUGGGAACACGGUGGGGGUAUUCCGCGCGCUGCUGCAACAGGUGAACCUGCCGCACCGGCUGAGCCCCGCGGUGGCGAGGAGGAGAGACACGGCGCCCAGCAUCAGACCCGCAGGCAAGAAGAGACCACCUCUGAAGAAGAACAACAGCUGUACUCUGUCAUAGGAAGAACAGCUGGAUGAUGGACUCUGCAGCUGGACUGCUCGUGCUCAGGUGUUGCUGGUCAUCACAGUAUACUCAAUACUUGGUUGGUCCAGAGGUGGAAAGUCGGAGGGAAAGGUCCCCCAUGAACUAUUAUGAAACUUUACUGUCUCUGGAAGUCUCAACAGUAGUACAUUCUUCUGUACUGUUGUUUGUAUAUAUUUCAUUGUUUUUGUUGGAUUGUUUUCCACUAAUUGGUUAGGGGUUGUUUCUGCACAUUUUGUGUACUUCUUGUUGUUGUUUAACUUUUGUUGUAUUUUUAAAAUUAUGUUAGU